AUGAGCCUGAGCUACAACGCUACAAAGCUGCUUUUUCGCGAUAAACGUUUACGACUAACUCUUUUGGACGGGACGCAGCAAAAGACUCUUCUAGACUUCUGCACCUACGUCCAGUGGGUUCCUUCCAGUGAUAUAAUAGUCGCGCAAUCUGGGAACAUCCUCUAUGUGUGGUAUAAUGCGUCAGUACCAGAUCAAGUUACUUUGGUAACAAUAAAAGGGGAGGCGGAGACGGUGUUAAGGGAUGCUGAUAGAACCGAGGUUAUAGUGCAGGAAGCCAAUGCUAGAGUUGCUUACGAGCUGGAUAGAGACCAGGUAGAUGGGUCGACCAUCGAAUCCGGAGAUCUUGCGAAAACAGCUGCUUUCUUGGACCAAUGCAGAGCUGCUGUUGAUUCUGACUUCAAUAAGAUAUACAAUGUGGAAAAAAUAGCGCAAGUGGCUUUGGACCAAGGCAACUUAUCCAUAGCUUGGCGAUGUUUUGCAGCACUAGGCGAUUUUGGAAAAGCUCAAGCUGCUUUUAAAGUAAUGGAGCUAGCUGAAAUUGAUGGUACACAAUCGUCCAAAGUCAAAACGAGAUUGGCACAAUUAAGACACCAAUUUAAGAAAGCGGAAAAUAUCUUCUUGGAGAAAGUGAAUAUUUCCAAAGCCUAUAACCAUAGCCCAUCGCCGGUUAACCAUCGUCGAAUGGAUUGUUGGAUUAAUUUUUUU